UGGAGAGGUCCGGGGGAGGAUGGAGCAGUGAGUGGCUCUGGGCGGCUGCCGGCAGCGCCAUGGAGACGGUGCAACUGAGGAACCCGCCGCGCCGGCAGCUGAAGAAGCUGGAUGAAGACAGCUUAACCAAACAACCAGAAGAAGUAUUUGAUGUCUUGGAGAAACUUGGUGAGGGGUCCUAUGGCAGCGUAUAUAAAGCCAUCCAUAAAGAGACUGGGCAGAUUGUUGCUAUUAAACAAGUUCCCGUGGAAUCAGAUCUGCAGGAAAUAAUCAAGGAAAUCUCCAUAAUGCAGCAGUGUGACAGCCCUCAUGUAGUCAAAUAUUAUGGCAGUUAUUUUAAGAACACAGACUUGUGGAUUGUUAUGGAGUACUGUGGGGCUGGUUCUGUGUCUGAUAUCAUUCGAUUACGAAAUAAAACGUUAACAGAAGAUGAAAUAGCUACAGUAUUACAGUCAACACUUAAGGGAUUGGAAUACCUUCAUUUUAUGAGAAAAAUACACCGAGAUAUCAAAGCAGGAAAUAUUUUGUUGAAUACAGAAGGACAUGCAAAACUUGCAGAUUUCGGUGUAGCAGGCCAACUCACAGAUACCAUGGCCAAGCGGAACACAGUGAUAGGAACACCAUUUUGGAUGGCUCCAGAAGUGAUUCAGGAAAUUGGAUACAACUGUGUGGCAGACAUCUGGUCCCUGGGAAUAACAGCCAUAGAAAUGGCUGAAGGGAAGCCACCAUAUGCUGAUAUCCAUCCCAUGAGGGCGAUCUUCAUGAUUCCUACAAACCCUCCGCCCACGUUCCGGAAGCCAGAGCUGUGGUCAGAUAACUUCACCGACUUUGUGAAGCAGUGCCUCGUGAAGAGUCCCGAGCAGAGAGCCACGGCCACUCAGCUGCUGCAGCACCCGUUUGUCAAGAAUGCCAAAGGAGUGUCCAUGUUGCGAGACUUAAUUAACGAAGCCAUGGAUGUGAAACUGAAACGCCAGGAAUCCCAGCAGCGGGAAGUGGAACAAGAUGAUGAGGACAACUCGGAGGAGGACGAAAUGGAUUCUGGCACGAUGGUCCGUGCAGUGGGUGACGAGAUGGGCACCGUGCGUGUGGCCAGCACCUUGAGUGAUGGUGCCAAUACCAUGAUUGAGCAUGACGACACGUUGCCUUCGCAGCUUGGCACCAUGGUCAUCAACGCGGAGGACGAGGAAGAGGAAGGGACCAUGAAAAGAAGGGAUGAAACCAUGCAGCCUGCAAAACCAUCUUUUCUUGAAUACUUUGAACAAAAAGAAAAAGAACAGGUCAACAGCUUUGGCCAGAGCGUACCUGGUCCAUUGAAAAAUUCUUCCGAUUGGAAAGUACCACAGGAUGGAGACUAUGAGUUUAAAACCAGCCAAGAACAGCCUUCUGAAAAGACGUGUGUAUCCCAAAUUGCCAGGGAAACCUGCUGGGUAGAUAUGCUUUCUGAGAAACCACAUGCUUAAGAGUUGGACGGUGGAGGACCUUCAGAAGCGGCUUUUGGCCCUGGACCCCAUGAUGGAGCAGGAGAUCGAGGAGAUCCGGCAGAAGUACCAGUCCAAGCGGCAGCCCAUCCUGGAUGCCAUCGAGGCCAAGAAGAGGCGGCAGCAAAACUUCUGAGCAAGGCUGGGACUGGAAGCACAAGCCUCGGGCCGCUCCGGGUGGCUCAGCCUCCACAUUUUCGCCAGCACUUCUGUUCUGUCUGUCCUCCACAGCACCUAUGUGAACUCAGGAAUGUGCGCCAGUGGGAAGGGCCGCCUCGCCGGGCAGCGUGCCACCUUGCUGUAUGUACUCACGUGCUCACAUGUGUUGUCUCAGGUGGCACUUUUAACUCAGAGUUUUAAACCCCAGGAACAGAGACUCCUAGUUGAGUGAUAGCUGGGAAAGUUUUACAUUAUCUUUUUGUUUUUCUUCUCCCAAUAGCUUUUGACUGUUCUCUCUGGAAGACUUUUAAAAGAUAUAUAAAUAUGCAUAUAUAUAUAAAUUAUAAAUAGAUUCCCCACAUAGUGUGGCGGCAUCUCUGUACAGGUACACUUUUCAACAAUUUGCCUCAUUUCUGUAAGGUUAUGGUACUGUGGGACAUGGAGGCAGAGGACCCUGGGAGGCAGGAAGGGGUGGCACUGAACCCCAGGAAUCAGCCUUGCCCUGUGUAGGACUGCAUUUACAAAUGAGGUUUAGGGUGGUUCUUUCCCCAUGGCGUCAGCCUUGCAUGGGCAUCACCAGCUGCUGGGGCUGUUGGUGACAUCCCAGGGAAAACUCUUGAGGGUUUGUUUUUGCCCGUUGAGUCCCAGGAGAGGCCUGGCAUCCUCUUUGCCUAUCUUACUGCAGACACCUCUUACCUAUGUCCACUUUCCAAACUGCCUAAGUCACAAUACAGACACUUCCCAGUGCCUUAUGUGGGGACAUGACCCAGUGAAGAGACAGGCCUGCCAGUAACUCUGCUCAGUCCCUGAAAGGGAAGGAGCUUCCGAAGCUCUUGGUUCAUGUGAAAACCUCACACAUGGCAUUUUGCUCUGCAUUCCUUGCAGACAGGGUACAGAGCAGUGCUGCUGCCGAUCUACCUGCUUUUCCUUUUACUGUUAAGGAGUCUGAACACCAGACUCGGAUUUCUUCUCCAGGAAUCUCCACACAGACACACACAGUGCCAGAGCGAGGAGGGACCACAGAAAUCAUCUGUUCAAACCCUUUGUUGUCUAAGUGCAUAAGUGAAGGCUUAGAAGAGGGAAGUGACGCAGCCAGAAUCAUGAAGCCAGUUAGAGUAAGAGCUGAGACUAGAGCCCCUCUCCCAGCCUCUGACUAAGCCAUCCCUUGGCAUGUGUCAGUGCUGGUUAGGUUACCCCGAGGAUGUCGUUCACCAUGCUGAUCUUGCCUGGCCUCUGCUCACUUCGAGCAAGUCCACAAGCUCUGUGGUGGCUGCUGGCAGACAGAUCGCCAGGGAGGGAGACACACUGGGACCCACCCAAGACUGAUCAAGGACUUCACAAGAGACAGCCUGGAGCCAUUCCUGAGCUCUGACCCCAGGCUUUGUGGCAUUCAGUCACAUGACAGAAUAGACAGAAAAGACAGGUAUCUUUUUAUUUUCUUCUAUUUGGUAUCUUUCCCCCUAUCACGUCCCCUCUACACCCCUCAAGUUAGGGGAGCCCUGACUGGGUCGCGCUUAAGGAAACUAUCAUUUGAUUCCAUGAGUACUACCUGGAAAUCGAUGGAAAGGUAGAAAUUGUUCUCUUCUGUUAGCAAAUCUGCCUUACUUUCCUUUUCUCUUUUUCCUUGGCGGCUAAAGCAAGUUUUAAAAAAAAUCUGGAGGCAGUUGUUGGUGUCCAAGGCUUGGCCCAUGGGUAACAAUGACAGAUACACAAAAGAAAAAGUGAUAAAUGGCAGCCAGUGUGCUGACCACCUGUUCUGUGGCUCUACACGUCACAAUAGCCCUGGGAGUUAACCACUUUACUUCUGUUUCUUAGAUGAAGAGAGGGGUUUGGAGAGAAAGUGUCUUCCCAAGACAGGAGGACUAGCAAGCACAGAAUCACAAUCCAGGCCCAGAACCCAUAUUCAUGAGGAAAAGGAAAGUCAAAAGUGUGUUUAAAAUGAAGUACCCACGUUUUCUCCCACAGACGAAAUAGCUUGGAAUUGGCAUUUUCAGGUUAGAAAAGAGCUGAAUUCAUAGUCAAGUCUGUUAACCAGUCAAGUUUUUAAAGCAAAAGCAUUGAGCAUAAAUACCCCUGCCCAUGCCAGUUGCUGUGCUAAAUAAGAAACUUUGUCUCAUCCUCUUCCUUUUGAAACAGAGAGCCUCGGUCCCACAGGAAAAGAAAGCCCAUUUUCUCCCUUCCUAAAGCUCGCUCCCAGUGAAGGGAAGGGCAGUUUUUCCUCAUAAAUGGUCCUGGGCCGUGCACCCUGAUCUGGAGUUUAUUUUGUUUCAGGCUUGUGUGUGUGCACCCAAACAGUCCAGCAUUCAUGAGUCGCUAGCCAGCCGGAGUCCUUUGGCCAGAAGUCAGUUUGUUUGGGAUCAGAUGCAUUUCCUGGUGAGAUUUAUUUAACUUCUAGUGACAGAAAGGCAAAGGGGCAAGCCCUGGUCAUUUUUCUCUGGGAUGCUAAAUCUAAGCCAUGUUACCUGGUUCUCGCUGAGCCCUGAGCUCUGGCCACCAUCGAGUAUUUGUGGCUCAGUCAUCCAGGGAGGACUGUGGCCCUCACUGGUUUCCUACUUUUAGGAAACAAUGGCUCACACCUAAUGAUGUCUUCAGAAAUUUUCAUAUUCUCUAAAAAUGUCUUACUUUCUCCCUUAUCAGUCAUUUCAAAGCACAUUGGGUGAGUAUUUGACUGACUAGGGAUGAGGGGAAUAUGGUGGGUGGGUAGAUGGACGGGUUGAUGGAAUCAAAUAUUUAAUAUAACUUAAGGACCAUGGCUUGAUUUUGUGAGACUAAAUUCUGAUCCAGGAAACCUUCACUUAGCACCUGUCAGAUGUCAGAAGCGUGUAACACCAUUUAAAGCUCAGUAGGUUUUUUUCCAGUAUCAGGAAUGAGAGCAAGGGCAUAACUAUAGGUCCCACAGAUAUUAAAAGGUUAAUAACAGGAUGUUAUGAACAAAUUAAUGCUGUGAUAAAUCCAAGAGUUUAAAAGGGAAACGGGCAGAUUCCUUUAAAAACACGAAGUACCAAACUUCACUCAAGAAGAAACAGGUAAUAGAUUUUAUAUUUACUAAAAUUGAAUAGCUCUGAGGGAUUUAGGUAUUAGUGUCCUUAUUUUAAAAUAUGAGAAAACUGGGGCUGAGAGAGAGAAAGUUUAUGACCCAAGGUCACAUUGCUAGGCUACGGCAGACCCCAGAUUCAAAGAACGGAUUGUCCGAUUCUUAUUCCUGUGUCCUUUCUGACAUACCACAUUGCCUCUCAAAGAUUGCAGCUCCUUCUUUCCUGGGAAACUGAUUCCUUCCCAACCCACACCCUACACCCUGCUCCAUCCUUUCUUAAUUACCAGAUUGUAUUUUCAUCAGGAUUCUAUUAAUUGGAUUUGGAAUCCAUGUUCUUGUUUGUGUUUUUAAGGAAAAAGAAUCUCUUCCACCAGCUUGCACUUGGACCAACUUGGGAGGAAGGGUGGGCAAAAGCUUACAUGCUGUUGCUGAUGUACAAUUUGAAAAUGUGAAGUUUGUAGCUUUAACAUUUUGUAAUGAAAACAAAUAACACUGGCUUAAGUGCUGACUUGAAAUGCUAUUUUGGUAGUUGGAUGUAAAUAAUUACUUGAGGUCAGCAGUUUGUAUAUGUGUGAGACCUAGCUUCCUCUGCCCCCACCCCAACUCCUUUUUUAAACUUGAGAUGCUCCCUGCGUGUUUUUAUGUUAGAAUUGUUGUUUUCCUCCCUUCCUUUUUCCUGCACUUUGUCCCUUUGUUUUAAAUAAACUGUCCUUUGGACAA